GAGGCGGGCAGAUGAAGAUCGUCCCCACGAAGAUCAGGAAACUAUGGAGUGCGGAUGAAAUCCGCAUCCUGGUCCUCCUCAGCCUCGGCUUCCAGAUCGUCCUCAUCGUCGUCUCCCUCUUCCGGAAGCGGUGCCAGAACAGGCUGUUGAGCUUCAUCCUCUGGACUUCCUACCUGGGCGCCGACUACGUCGCCGCCUUGGCGCUCGGCAACCUCCUCAACGACGAGACCGAGGCGAGCGAACAGAACAUCAACGGCGACCUCACCGCCUUCUGGGCUCCCUUCCUCCUCCUCCACCUCGGCGGCCCCGACACUAUCACCUCCUACUCCCUGGAGGACAACGAGCUCUGGCUGCGCCACUUUCUGGGGCUGGUGCUCGAGGUCUCCGUGGCCAUCCUGGUGUUCCUCGAGUCGCUGCCGAGCCCCCACUUGUGGAAAGUCGCCAUCGUGGUGUUCAUCGCCGGAAUCCUCAAGUACGCGGAGCGGACGCUGGCGCUUUGGUCGGCCAGUAUGGACCAGCUGAGGGAAUCCAUGAUCAGCGACCCGGAUCCCGGGCCUAACUACGUCAAGUUCAUGCAGGAGUAUCACUCUCGUGUUACUGCGGGGCUGAACGCAGAUAUCAAGACAGAGAAAGAGCCACGGCCCCCCCUUCCCAAAGAUACAACCGAAAAAAGAACCGACAAGGAGAUCAUAUUCGGUGCCUAUCGCUUCUUCCCGACCAUCAAGCGGCUCACUGUGGACCUCAUGCUCAGUUUCCAGGAUCGGAUCGAGAGCCAAACCUUCUUUCUGACGCUCGAAGCUACCCGGGCUUUCUUCAUGGUCGACGUGGAGCUCUCUUUACUGCACGACAUCCUCCACACCAAAGCCGUCCAUGUCCAUACCCUAGGAGGUCGCCUGGUGCGAGCCUUGUCGCUCUCCUUGGUAGUCCUCGCCUUCGUGCUCUUCCACCGUAGCGGGAGGCACAAUUUUAGUGAAGCCGACAUCAUCAUAACUUACAUCCUUCUCCUUGCCGCUGUUGGGCUCGAGGCCAUCGCCGCUGUCCUGCUCGUAUUCUCGGACUGGACCAUCGUCGCGCUGCAGGACAGCGGCAAGCUGGAGAGGCCCUUCAUCGCUCGCCUGAAAAAAAUCAUCAGGUUUUUAAAAUUGGAUCUUGCAAUCGUCAAAUUUCGAGGUGGCACAAGGUGGUCGAAUUCCAUGAGGCAGUGCAACCUACUAUGCAUCUGCCUCAGAGAUUACGAGCAAACCGUGUUCACAAGAAUAUUGCAUUUCCUCGGAUUGAAAGAACUGUGGGAUAGCUAUUGGCACGUGGAAGAUACCAUCGUAGGGGAUCAGCAGAAGACGCUCAUCUUCGAGGAACUGAAGAAGAAAACAUACGGCGCCGAGGGAGAGUCCACCGAGUACAAGCGAUUGCGAGCCUGCAAAGGCGAAUGGGUGCUUCGGGAAAAGGGCUACACGGACUUCGACUGGAGCAUGAAUAAGGAAUUCGACGAAAGCGUCCUGUUGUGGCACAUCGCAACGUCUAUUUGCUACCAGAUGGGGGAGAACGGUGCCAACGCCGGUAAGACAACCGUUGAUCCGCAUAAGAAAGUGAAUUUCCGUCACGUUAAGAAUGAUACAGUGGAAAGUAACAAAGAUUUGGAAGCGAAUCAAUCUUCUUCCGAAAAAGGCAAGGAAGCGAAAUGUGAUCAUUGUAACAUAAGUAAGCAAAUAUCCGAUUACUUGAUGUAUCUUUUGGUUUUUCAACCAUCCCUGCUGCCUGCCGGGAUUGGGAAGAUCAGGUUCCAAGACACCUGUGCCGAGGCCAAAAGGUUUUUCACAGACAAUGCCAGAGAAAUUGAAUCGGAGGACCAGUGCAAAGAAGCUUCAUGGCUCAAGGUGACCAAAAAACUUGUCAACCCAAAAAAGAAGGAUCUGCCUCGGUUGGAAAAUGCAGCUUGCGAGAAGCUGCUGGAAGUCGCCAAGUUGGAUCCCGAACUCAAACCCGUAGAGGUGAAAGGGGACAGGAGCAAGUCGGUGCUGUUCGAUGCAUGCAAGCUCGCAAAGGACUUAAACGAUUUGGAGACGAGCAGGAGGUGGAUCGUCAUCAGUGCCGUGUGGGUGGAGAUGUUGUGCUAUGCAGCCAGCAACUGCAACUCGUACGCUCACGCCAAGCAGCUGAGCCAGGGCGGAGAGCUCCUCACCCAUGUCUGGUUACUCAUGGCUCACAUGGGAAUUGGUGAACAAUACCGGAUCGAAGCAGGCCAUGCCAGAGCAAAACUUAUAGUCGACAUCUAAUUACAAGAACCUGAAAUUUCCAAUCCCUCGUAAUCCAAGAACGUAGAUCGCUCUCCCGUCCCGUCCUUCUCUUUUGGUUUCAUAGCAUGAAAGAUGGUGUGAUGUACUCAUGAAAAAUUGCAGAGGUGAUGUCAUCUCUCACAAACCUCUUC